AUGGCCGGCGUGCAGCAGGGCGAGAAGCAGCUCUUCGAGAAGUUCUGGCGAGGCACCUUUAAAGCCGUGGCCAUGCCGCGACCCGAGAGCAUCAUCGUGGCCAGUAUCACCGCCCGCAAGCCGCUGCCCAGUGGGACACUCGGCUGCCUCCCGUACCCUGCGGAGGACAGACGUCCUGAAAAGCUGAGCAGCUGCGUGGUCAGGGAGACCUCCACCACCAAUGGCUGUGUCAAAGGGAGGGAGAGACGAGACCAUGGGCACCGCAGGUCACGCAGCCCUUCAUGUGAUGGGGAGAGGCCGCCACCAGCCCGGGGGAAGAAGAAGAAGAAGAAAUCUGGCCGCAAGAAGCGAAGGAGGUUAUCUUCAAAGAAGAGAAGGCACAGCUCUCGUGGGCGCACCCGGAAAUCUCAUCGCCAUCGCCGCUGCCAUUCCCGCUCGGAGAGCUCCGACUCCCACUCCCCCAGCUGCCGGAGCAGGCACAGAGCCAGGUCUCGGGAGGAAGGGCGUAAAAUACGGCGAAGACACUCCCGGCACCAUUCAAAGAUCACUGCAAAGAGAAGCUCCUCUGCAGAGGUUCAGGCCAGUCAAAAAGCCAGCCAAACCCUCCCACUCUACAGCUUCCUGUCUCCUAAGGAAGUAAUCUCUCAGUCAGGGUCUUCUGCUGACCUCUUUACCAAAACAGACAGCCCGCCUGGCAACCUAACCCGCCAGAACGGAGAGUAUCAUGAAUAUGACUCAGGAAACGAUACUUCCUCCCCUCCCUCCACUCAAACGAGCUCAUCCAGGUCAAAGGACAGCCAGGAGAAAAGAAGUCUAGUCCAUGAUGGCUUUGGCCAUGCCUUCUCGUCCGGGAAGCCCAAACUGGCCAACAGCGAUAACAGCUCUGAUUCAGGAAAUUCCUUCACCAGUUGUUUUUCCCAGACCAAGGGAACAGCUUUGGAAAAUCUGUCUCCAGAUGCCCAGGGACAAGACCGCAGAGGGUGCCUGUCCUUGUGUCUCAGUUCUUCGGAGGAGAAGAAGCGAAACUUGCCCCCAUCCCCAACCCACAGCUCCCCGCUCAGGCCGUGCUCCCGCAGCGCGUCCUACACCAGCACGGGCAGAUCCUCCCCCGGCUCCAGCCGCUCCCGCUCCUCACACCGCAAGGCCUCUCCCAGGUACUCCCGAAGCAGGUCCUGCUCCUCGGGAAAGAGGUCUUCCUCACGUUCCCCCAGCUAUUCCUCCAAAUCCUGCAAAAAAAGUCCUGGGAGUAGGAGUUCAAGGCCUCGUCGGAGCCCCAGUUAUUCCCGCUACAGCCGUAGCAGGGACCGUGAGCGAGAGCACAAGUACAGCUCCAGUGAGAAGGAGUCGCACCGGGAGCGUGACCGGCAGCGUCGGCGCCGCUCCUACUCCCCCCUGAGGAAGCGCCGGAGGGACUCUCCCAGCCACCUCGAAGCUCGGCGCAUCACAAGUGCCCGCAAACGCCCCAUCCCCUACUACCGUCCCAGCCCCUCCUCCUCCAGCAGUGCCAGCAGCUAUUCCUCCUGGUACAGCAGCUUCAGCCGCUCCCCGAGCCGAAGCCGGAGCUACUCCAGCUACCGGACGAGCCGGAGCCGAAGCUGGAGCAGCAGCAGCGCCGAGGGCAGGAGCCGCAGCCGGAGUUCGGGCCCCAGGAGCAGCCGCAGCAGGAGCAGGAGCUAUGACUCAGGAGCCAGCUCCGACAGCCUGCGUCGUUAGGGAGUGCCGCUGGUGGCUGACACCGUGUGCCGGCGGCACCUCCAGAUUCCUGGCAUUCUCCGCUUCCUUCCCACCUACCUGGCCAUCGAUAGCAAUCAUCCCCGAUACUGAUGUGGUGGCAGUGCCGGGUCCCCCUUCCCCGGUUCAGAGUUAAGAGCCCUGGAGCGCCUGAUGCAGCCCCUUUGUUCUGCCAUGGAGUGGGUGGAUCAGUCCCAGCUCCCUGUGCCAGGGCUGGAAGAAGGGUCGGUGCUUUACAGAGGGUCUGUCACGACAGACCUGCUCCAUCCUCCCUGAUGCUCCCGUCUCUCCAUCGCUACCACUCUCCAAAGCACUACCAGCUUUUCCAAAGGAAAGAACUCAGCUCCAGGAACCAACAAAUUAACUUCUGUUGGAGGAAGAGACCCAGUUAGGGAGGAGUUUUACUGGAAAGCUUCCGAGAUCGGGGGGUGACCUGUCCCCACCAAGGCAAAUAUCAGGUCCUUUGAGUCUCUCCUCCAGAGUAGCUGCCCAUUCUGUAGCAGGCCUUUUCCAUAAGAAAAUAUUUAUUUAUUGCCACUCAGCCAGGCCCUGCUAUAAAUAGAAGGCUAGAAAUCCCUCCUGACGUAAUUUCCAGGGAAAAAAAGGGCUGUUUGCUCUUUCUCCUGCCCUUUCCUACUAAAUAACCACACGUUUUGCAGGGUUGUUUUAUCCCCCAGUGCUGACUUGCUUGCAAGCAGCCUGCUGAGGUCUGAAGCAGACAGGGGGCUGGUGGGGUACAAGGCAGAGGGGAGCUGCUGUCAUGCUGCACUCCGAGGGUCAGGCAGUGGCAUGGGAGACAGGGGCCACGUGGUUCCCUUCUUGGAGGAAACCUCGUGCAGUUUGGGUUCAGGUUUUUCUAAAGGGAGCGUUGCCCUUGGAGUGGAACCGUAGGGAGGUGUGGAGACAGCCUGGUUGUGGGGUACAGUGAGAGCACACAGGGUUAAAAGGGCACUGCAUGAGCCAGGGGACCCCAAAUCCCUUUCCUGAAACACGCAGUAGUUUUAAGCAGGAUUUCAGGAAACCAUUUCUCCUUGAGCCCUUCAGGCUGCCCUGAGGCAGGACCAGCAGCACAGUAGUGCUGGUGCCAGGCUGCAGCAGGGUUUACUGGUGGCCCAGUUUGUCACCGGGAGGCCAGAGCAGUGCAAGGGGACAGGAAGGGCCCCCCACUAAUUGCCUGUUUUUCCAGGGAGCCGCAGGCAGUGGCAGGAGGGCCCUGCCUGCCCGGCCUCCCUGGGCCCUGGGGUUUUGUCUCCCUGCCAGCCCAGCUGCCUGCGCAAUUACUGUGUUUUGCCGGGUAACAAAGGCUUCUCCCAGCACAGGCUGAGCUGGUGCUGAGGAGUUUAUUUCUCUUACAACACCUGGGUGCUUAGAGACGCUAAUUUGGACUUCCCACCCUCCAUUUUUCCAUCCCCUCCCCUUCCAUCCUGCCUGAUUAUUAACGAGUUUGGGCUUAAUGAGUCAAGGAGGUGUGUUGUUUAAAUGUCACAGAAAAGGGCUGAGUGGAGCCACCAUCUGCAGGAGGAGGAGAGGGGGUAGAAAGGAAUGCAACCCUCCCCCAACUAAAGAGUUACCUACAGCCCCCCAGUGCUGCUGGCAGCAGGAAAAGGGCCACAGCAGCAAGUGGAAGAAAGCCAAGUGCCACGAGGUGUUGUGGUGGAGAUGGAUGAUCGCCUCAGCAAGCCUAUAAACCUGUUACCUGUUGAAAAGUACAGCAGUGAGGGCUGGAAUUCCACCUGGGUGGUACGAGGGGAAGUUUUAUGCCAGGAGUCUCUUUCCCCGUAUCCUUCCUACUGCUGGUUCCCCUUGUCCUGUGCCUUCAACACCCAAAGUCCCCCCUUUUCCCAGACCCCGAUCCCCAGCCUUGCUCUCUGUAGGUAAUGUUAGGAUGAGGAUGGCUGAGGCAGAGGUGGGCACUGGUGUAGUUGGUGGUUUGGUAGGGACAUAUCUGUCUCCUGGGAUGACACUUUCUAGGACAGAGAGAGAAGCAUUCCUUGUAGGGCUGAGCAAAUGCUCCAGGGCUGUGGUUGAGGGAUCAAAGACAGGGUGUUCUUGCAGUGAGGUGCCACUGCCUUCCCUCCUGUGCUGGCCCUGACAGUGGCCCCUUGGCCACCUUCUGCAGUGAGCUCCCUCUCUAAAGGGCUGAAAACCUUACAAUUCUUCCCCAAAGAGUCUUUCCCAGUCUGAUGCUGAAAUACCCUGUCCUUCUGCUCCUGGGGAAGAUCCAAAGGCAGUGAUGGGAGCUCAGAUCCCAGCUUUACCAAUGUUUCAGGAGCAGCCUCCUGCCCCUUGGCACCCCGUAACACCCACAUGCAGCUGUAGCGAGGAAGCAGCGAGCCAGAAGAUCCAAAAUUAAGAAGGAAAAGAGGAGGGGCUUUGUGCAACUGGUGUAAAUACCAAACACACAUCGUGGCUGGGGUUGGACAAUGGAAGCACCACACCAGGAUCAGCAGCAUCCACUCACCAUGGGACAGGAGAUGACCCUGAGGGUUGCACAGGGCUCUCAAACCUGUCCAGCUGAUCUAUGUUUCAAGGAUUGCAUCUGCCUGGACAGUCCAUGGCAGCUAAACGUUCCUGGGGUUUCCCAAGCAGACUUGCAUAGGAUUAAACCUCCUAAAUUAUUUAUUUAUUUAUUAAUUAUUAUUAUUAUUAUUAUUCUAUUUUUAAUUCUAUGUCAGAAUGUAUGCAAGUGGUCACUGUUACCAGUAUUUAUUUUUUUUUUUUUUAACAUUAAGUUAUUUUCGGAUUUGUUUGUUUGUUUGUUUGAAUGUAUCCAUGCUGCCGGUCUCAUGUAAAGGUUUACAGCUCUGGCCCCUCUUGCUGAGGAGUGACAGUCACUCCUGCUGCCAACGUGUCCCUUUGUGCUCUCUGGAGCAGGGCGGACAGAGGGACGCAGGGGCAGAGCUGUGUGUUUUCACGUUAAAAUCUAGGGUCUCUCAUUAGAUUUGCGCAGGAAUGUGAUGGAUGUGAGCAUACAGACGGGUUUGGAGCUGACAGAGGUGAUGGCGAGGGUCUGCCGGCCGGCUGAGCCCCGGGGUGUUGGCAGUGCUGCGAGGGGAAGUGUCUCCCGGGCCGUGCUCGCGCCGGCCGGGUGCCAGUUGGCUGCUGUGCUGUUUCCCUUGGCUCCGCAGCCGGUGCUCAACCCGAAACCAAUCUGCUCCACAGAGGCACUGCUGGUUUCCCUGGGAGGAUGCCCCGUCGCCAGGACUCCCCUGCUGUGUUUAUCCCUGCGCAGUGACCCACCCAUGGGAAAACUAAAGAAAUGAGACUGUGAGAGACUGAUCCCUGCGGAAGGUCCUUGCAAAACCCAGUCUGUGUGUGUGUACGUAUGUAUGUGCACAUGUGCAUAUACAUGUGAGUUUCCCUUGGUCAUGGUAUUUAUUUUUUAACUUAUUUAAGAUUUUUAGUACAACCUGGAACAUCACCCUCCCUUGUCAGUGGACAACUGGGGUUUCUGUGAGUUUGUGUGAAGCCCGUGAGCUUUUCUGUCUCUGUGCCUUUUGCCAGUGCUUUUUUUUUUUUUUUUUUUUUUUUUUAAUUCUCUCAUUUGUUGCUUUUAUGGAUUUUUGCUCUGAAUCCAACAUCUCAGAUUGC